AUGAUGAAAUCGCUCACUACAGUUUUCACACCGCGUUUUCCAACAUAUAUUUGUCGAUUUCAUCGUCUACAAACUCGAUCGUUUUCGAUUUCGCUUAGUCUUAAUAAAUCUUGGCAAAAAAUUCAACAAAAAUACAUGGCUGAACCAGAAACAAAGUCAACGCUUACGGAAUUAAAUCCACCACCAGAUUACAUUCCAAAUCGUAUUAAAGUCUGGGAGGAAUUAAAAACAAAAUAUCAAAAUUAUGUUGCUGCACAGCCACAAGUUGAUAUCACAAUAACUUUACCCGAUGGAAAAAAACUACCUGGUAAAGCAUGGAAAACAACUCCAAAUGAAAUUGCACAGGGUAUUAGUCAAGGGUUGGCAGCUGCAACUGUUAUUGCGAAAGUCAAUGGUGAAUUAUGGGAUCUUGAUAGACCAUUGGAAAAAGAUUCAUCAUUAGAAUUAAUUAAAUUUGAUGAUGAACAAGGAAAACAAGUAUUUUGGCAUUCAACAGCACAUAUUAUGGGUGAAGCUAUGGAAUUAUGUUAUGGUGGUUGUUUAUGUUAUGGACCACCUAUUGAACAAGGUUUUUAUUAUGAUAUGUAUCUUGAAAAUCGAACGGUAUCGGGUCUUGAUUAUGAUCCAUUGGAAAAAGUUAUGAAACGAAUUGUUAAAGAAGAACAACCAUUUGAACGUUUAGAAAUUUCCAAAGAAGAUUUAUUGCGUUUAUUUGGAUAUAAUCCAUUUAAAGUUCGAAUUCUUAAUGAAAAAGUUCAUACGCCAACGACAACUGUUUAUCGAUGUGGUCCAUUGAUUGAUCUUUGUCGUGGUCCACAUAUUCGCCAUACAGGAAAAGUUAAAGCUCUUGCAAUCACAAAAAAUUCUUCAACAUAUUGGGAAGGCGAUCAAUCACGUGAAACUUUACAACGUAUAUAUGGAAUAUCAUUUCCUGAUGCAAAACAACUUAAAGAGUGGAAACAUCUUCAAGAAGAAGCAGCUAAACGAAAUCAUCGAAAGAUUGGUCUUGAACAAGAUCUUUUCUUUUUUCAUGAACUUAGUCCUGGUUCAUGUUUCUUUCAUCCGAAAGGAACACAUAUUUACAAUAAACUUAUUGAAUUUAUUCGAGGUGAAUAUCGUAAACGUGGUUAUCAAGAAGUUAUUUCACCGAAUAUUUUCAAUGCCAAAUUAUGGAAAGCAUCUGGACAUUGGGAUCAUUAUUCAGAAAAUAUGUUUAAAACAGAAAUCGAAAAAGAAACCUAUGCACUUAAACCAAUGAAUUGUCCAGGACAUUGUGUGAUGUUUGCAUCACGUCUUCGUUCAUGGCGUGAAUUACCAUUACGUAUGGCUGAUUUUGGUGUUUUACAUCGAAAUGAACUUUCAGGAGCAUUAAGUGGUCUUACACGUGUUCGAAGGUUUCAACAAGAUGAUGCACAUAUAUUUUGUACUCAAUCACAAAUAAAAAGUGAAAUAGAAGGUUGUUUAGAUCUUCUAAAACAUGUUUAUGGUAUAUUUGGUUUUACAUUUGAAUUAAAAUUAUCAACGCGACCUUCGAGUUUCUUGGGUGAAAUUGAAACAUGGAAUCGAGCUGAAAGUCAACUUGAAGAAGCUCUUAAUUCAUUUGGUUAUCGAUGGAAAGUUGAUCCUGGUGAUGGUGCUUUUUAUGGGCCAAAAAUUGAUAUUACAAUUCGAGAUGCUUUACAACGAUCUCAUCAAUGUGCAACAAUUCAACUUGAUUUUCAAUUACCUCAACGUUUUCAACUUCAAUAUCAAACAAAUGAACAAGGUGAACUUCAAACGCCAGUUAUUAUUCAUCGAGCUAUAUUAGGUUCAAUUGAACGUAUGAUGGCUGUUCUUACAGAAUCAUUUGGUGGAAAAUGGCCUUUCUGGUUAUCGCCACGUCAAAUGGCAAUUGUACCUGUUUUUCCAUCGUUAGAUUCCUAUGCUCAAGAAAUUCAAAAGAAACUUUGGCUUGCUGGUUUUCAAGUUGAUUGUGAUUUAGAUCCAGGUACGACAUUAAAUAAAAAAAUUCGUCAAAAUCAACUUUCUCAAUACAAUUUUAUUGGCGUUGUUGGUCAAACAGAACAAGCAAAUGGAACAAUUAAUAUUCGUACACGUGAUAAUAAACAACAUGGCGAAUUUUCAAUUGAUGAAGUUAUUAAAAGAUUUAGAGAAUUAGCUGAAACACGUACAAAUCAUGCUGAAGAUGAAUUUGCUGGCCCAUCUGGCGAGAGUAAUGUUGCUGGAGCAACAUCGAAAUUAGAAGCUACAAAUAUUUCUGAAAGUCAUGACGAUUAG